AUGGGCCCCUUCUCGAGCGCUUCCGACCGCAACAGUGCCGCCGCCACCGCCGCUCCUGCAACUGCAACUGCGACGCCAUCUCCCCUCUCCAAAACACCAUCUGCCGCCGCGUCCGACGAUUCCUCGACCAGCAAAAAGUUCCUGAAGCGCCUCAACAUCCUCCCUCUCCGGUCACGCACUCGCAAUAUCGCCGACUUCCACAUCCGGCCUGACGAUCCCCACCGCAAAUACAGUGCCGGUGACCAUGUGCAGGGCGCUGUGGUCCUGACCGUCGUCAAGCCCGUCCGCAUCACGCACCUGACCGUCUUGCUGCACGGCUACGUACGUGUCUACAAGGGACCUGGCGCCCAAAACAACGAGCCCGUCCGGAGCCCGGCCGAGAUCAAGAACAUUAGCAGCCGAGGGGAGCGCAAAAAGUACUAUAAUGGCUAUGCGUCGCUCUUUCAGGAUGAGCAGGUUCUCAGCUCCGAUGGCCGGCUGGAGCCCGGAAGAUACGAGUUCAAUUUCGAUCUACUCUUUCCAGAAAAGGGUCUCCCCAGCAGCAUUGAUCUGGACGUUGGACCGCUUGCUCCUCCCAAGGCCCAGACUGUGGACCUCCGACCCAUUUCGAAACGAGCCAAGAAGAAACGACCAGCCGGUGGAGAAAGGCGCUCUGUGAUAUCGUCAGAGCGCUUGUCUGCUGAUGUGCCAGCAGAAUCAUUGUCCGAUGGAGAUUCAGCAAGGAUAAACGACACAUCGACGGAAGGAUCUCUUUCGAUAGUCGGUGAUGACGUUGGUCAAGAGGGCUUUAGCCAGGCUCCGCGGAGUGUCUCACACAGUGAGGUGCGAAGUCUCAGUGGCGAUAGCGCCGCGAGUCUCAGCACGCACCCGAGCAGAGCAUAUAGCGAGACAAACCAGCUAGCCAUUGUUGGGUCCGCAGUGACAGGGAAACGGAUAUCAUUUGCCGACGAACGGACCAUCAAGUUGAGAGUUGAAGUGCUUAAAGGUGGAUGCUUACCCGGCGACGUGAUACCCGUCAAGGUGUCGGUUAAUCACAUCAAGAUGAUCAAAAGCAUGCACGGUGUCAUUGUUACUCUGUUCAGACAAGGGCGCAUCGACUCUUCCCCGCUUCAGCUCUCCAAAGAGGAUUGGAAAAAGUCGGAAUCAGACGACUAUUAUUACCCUAAAUCCAGGACGGGUCUCAGCGGCCUUUCCCUGUCGUCUGCGGGUUCCUGCAGCAUGUUUCGAAAGGAUCUAUCACAAGCAUUUGCGCCUCUCAUUACGGAUCCGGUGAAUUUUUCUGCCACCUUGACGACAUCAGUCCGAGUACCAGAGGACUCUUUCCCCACUAUCAAGGGUGUACCCGGGGAGAUGAUCAGUUUCAGGUACUUCGUCGAAGUCAUCGUGGACCUGGGCGGCAAACUCGCCAAUCAUCUACAGGGUGGUGCGUCUUCCGGCUCACGAGUGGGAGCUACUGGUGUGGUAGGGACUCCUUUCGAGAAUGUUGGCACAUUGCCAUCGUGGGGGGCGACGGGGAGCACAAGUAUUCUGGACACAGAUCGCCUCAAAAGGAUACAAGGAGUCAUUCCCGGCUACUACGAGGUCAUUGUCGGUACGACCGACAGCAAUAGGUCACGAGGCAAGGGUCCGCAAAGACCCAGCCUUACGCAUACACCAUCUGUAACAGGCGGCUCCAACUAUGUGGAGAAUGAGUACAACGAAAAGGGCGGCUGGCCGAACAGCAUGCACGACGAUGACGGAUACGGUCCCGAGUCUGCAAACCCCAAUGAUGACUAUGCGUCGUACCCGCCACAAACGACUUACCCACACGAUUAUGUCCAUCAACCACAUUACUGGAAUUACGUUCCAGACUCAUCACAGCAUGAGCAAGCGAUACCCGCACCUCACUAUAUACCACCGCCCGACUUACCUGAUGAGAAUAGUCUUACGGAAAAGGAGCGCAUCAGACGUGCCGAACAACGCUUACUACCCAGUCAACCACCAAUAGCGGCAGCAUCAUCAUCAUCGUUCUCUGCCGCCGUGCCCUCACCAUCUGCGUCCAACCACGCCCUGGACUCGUCCUUACUACUAAACGGGGACAACAUCUAUGAUGCAGAAGACGACGUACCAACCCCAGCCGCCACACCCGCAACAGCAUCACCAUUCGACCACGCUCUCGCUCCGGUAUACACACCCACACCAGCAGAAGACCUGCCAUCCGCGCCAACCCUUGAGGAGCUCGACCGACCACCACCAAUAUCCAGAGGACCCUCGCACCACCCUCUAAGCACCACUGAAGAUAAACAGGAGCUCGAACGGAGAAGGCUGUUAGCCGAGGCCAGCGCACCGCCCGAAUUCCCAGAGGACUAUAUUCCCGACGAAGGCGGAGGACCUGUAACCCCAGCGGGGCCCUCUGGCUCAGGAGCAGGACCUUCCGCGCCACCCUCAGCUCCACCCGUAGCCUUUGAACCCUCAGCUCCCGUGCUUUUCGAGAACGAUGAAGAUUAUCACGGUGGUGGAUAUACCGCCGGUGGCCCCAGCUUCCCUAGCGCCGCUAGCGGCAGCGGCGGUCACGAAGAAGAAACUGUGCCAGAGUAUACGUACAAUAAUCAUCGCUCUGGGUCCGUAGGUACAGUAACGGUUGCUGGUAGUCCGUCGUCACCAGUACCAGCACCUGCAUCGGCAUUUUUCCCGGCCUCGGGCUCGGGAAACGCGCACGAUUUGCUACGGGAACAGGAACAGCAAGCAAGGUCGGAUUCUUCUAGCCCGCCUCCUAUUGAGUAUCUGCCGCGGUACAAGCGAUAAUCGAUAAUUCGUCAUUGGUGGGUGGCGGCCGUGAACGGUAGAGAUUUUGAGUAUG